AUGCAUUCCCAAGAAGACGUCUUGAGCUGUGAGAAGUGCAGCUACACAACCACAAGACAGUUUGCUUACAAGAUGCACCUUAAGUACCACCACUCCUCAGAGAGGCCUUACAAGUGUCCAACGUGCGGGAAGUCGUUCGCGGCCAAAUCCGUCUUAAGAAACCACAUGAAGGUUCACUCUGAUGACCGCCCCUUCAAGUGCCCAACAUGCGAAUACUCCGCGAGAACGAAAGGCAGUCUGGACGCGCACAUAUCGCGUCACAGGAAGGAGAAAUCAUUCCUGUGUGCUGAGUGUGGGUACCGCUCCUUCCUCAAAACUGAGAUGGAGAAACAUAUGAGGAUCCACACAGGGCUGCAUCCAUACAAGUGUGACCUAUGUGACUACAGAUGCUUGCAAUCAAUCACAUAG